UUGGAGGGCUUGCGGGAACUUUCGGGCGAGGAAGAGUUGGGUGGUGGAUUUGAAGCGGAUGGAGGGUGAGGGCAGGCGGCCGCCUGUUAGGUUUGAAACGGAUGAUGCCAGGACGUCACCGGAUUCAGCGUGGGGCGACAUCGUUGUUGGUUGACUCUCUGAUCUGGUUGGAAGUUGGAGUACCGGUACUUCUUCUACGUGUUGGUUACCGGACGACUCGACGGAGCGCGGGGGCUACUGUACACCCACGGCGACCCGAACCUUAAUUCUACACAGACCCUCGACGCCAACCACCAACGCAAAAUGGACGUUACCGGCCCAGCAUUCACCCGUCUCCUCCCCUCCAUCAUCUCCUCCAUCAACGAAGCAGAUUUCGUGGCGAUUGACUGCGAAUUUAGCGGGAUUAGGUCAUGGACUUCCGGAGGCAAAUCGAAGGCGAAAGGGGGUGGGAAGCAGACUUUGCAGGAACGGUAUACAGAGACGAAGGAGGCAGCAGAGAAAUAUGAGGUUAUUCAGUUGGGCCUGUGCUGUGUGCGGUGGGAUGGGUUGACUGGCGAGUAUGCUGCGAAACCGUAUAAUCUUAGUGUUUCGCCUAUUCAGCCGCAGAGGAUGGGGUUGGAUAGACAGUUUGUGAUGCAGGCGAGUGCGAUUGAGUUCUUGAUUGGGAAUGGGUUUGAUUUCAAUAAACAAUACCGCGAAGGCGUAAGAUAUCUCUCCCACGCCGACGAAGCAGUAGUCCGCGCCAAAUUCGCCGAAUCCUCCCCCGACAAAAUACCUUCAAUCCACGUCGACGCCCCUGGCCGAGUUUUCCUCGACCGUCUCGCAUCCGACGUGAAAGACUGGCUCUCACCCACCUUACACCCCAACGGACUCCCGAAUUACCACUUUUUAAAUAUUGACACUGGACCGAAUGCCUACUUCAAGAGAUUAGCGUAUCAGUGGCUAAGACAAGAGUACCCGGAGUUACAGGCGAGCAGUCGCCACGACUGGAUACAAAUCACGCGAACAAACAAAGCCGCAAUCGAGCGGAAAGAAGCCGAACGCACCACCCGCUUCGAGAGCGAGCUGGAGGAAGCGAUUGGGUUGAGACGCGUGGUGGAGGCACUCGUGAAGAGUGGGAAGCCUAUUGUUGGGCAUAACCUCUAUAUGGACCUUGUCAAUGUUUGGGGGAAGUUCAUCGGACUUUUGCCGGAGGAGGUAGGGGAGUUUGUGGAGGGGGUGAAUGGGUUACUUCCAAUGUUUGAGCUAUGACGAAGCUUUGGAUGACACUGACUGACCUCGUGCGAACAGUGUUUUCGAUACGAAGUAUUUCGCUACUCGGAGCGAUCCCGACGUCUCGAAGAUGUUCCCGGAAACACAUC